GCGGAGUCGCGAAUAGCUUACACCAAGGAGUUCCGACCGAGUUCCGACACCCACCAUGUACGGUGGCUUGGGAGCGAUCGAGACAUGGCCAGGGGCGGCAUGGGGUACGUGGUCCAGGGCCAUCCCAGGUUUGGCAUCGCUGGGUAAUGUGCAGCUUCGGCUCAAGCUCAACAGCUCUUCGGGAAGUGCAUUGGGGUGUUCCGCGACCCUCCUUGAAAAAAAUUAAUACUUACACAAGUCCUCACCCGGCUGCUUUACGACUGCUGUUGUUUCCCUCUUCCUCACUUUGCUUCCUCCCUCCUCCCUCUCUCUCUUUCUCUCAAGUCUCACUCACCUCACUAUACAUACACACGCCCCAUAUAUAUACAUAUUACAGUACUGUAUCUUGCCUACAGCACUCUCUCCCUCACUGUCCAAUCGUUGUUUGCAGGUGCUUUCCUCCCAGCACCCGCAACAUACACCUUUGAACGCAUUAGUAUCGGAAGAUUGCUUUUGAGCGGCCUUCCCUCCGAUACUCCAGCUGUAAUCCACUAACACUCCUGCUCGGAUCCUCCCACCGACAGAAUCGUUAGAACAGCAACUGCACUCUUCUCCAAACAAGAGGGUGUGUGCAUCCGGUUUUUCUUGUAG